AUGGCCGUGCGCCCCGGGCCGCUCUGGCUGCUGGGCCUGGCGCUGUGCGCGCUGAGCGGCGGCGGCGCCUCUGGCCCGCGCCCCUCGCCCGGCUGCCCGCAACGGCGCCUGGGCCCGCGCGAGCGCCGCGACCUGCAGCGCGAGAUCCUGGCGGUGCUCGGGCUGCCCGGGCGGCCCCGGCCCCGCGCGCCGCCCUCCGCCGCCGCCCGGCUGCCUGCGUCCGCGCCGCUCUUCAUGCUGGACCUGUAUCGCGCCAUGGCCGGCGACGACGACGAGGACGGCGGGACCCCCGAGCGGCGCCUGGGCCGCGCCGACCUGGUCAUGAGCUUCGUCAACAUGGUGGAGCGGGACCGCACCCUGGGCCACCAGGAGCCCCAGUGGAAGGAGUUCCGCUUUGACCUGACCCAGAUCCCGGCGGGGGAGGCCGUCACCGCCGCGGAGUUCCGGAUUUACAAGCUGCCCAGUACCCACCUGCUCAACUGGACCCUCCACGUCAGCAUGUUUGAGGUGGUCCUGGAGCAGUCCAACAGGGAGUCUGACUUGUUCUUUUUGGAUCUUCAGACGCUCCGAUCUGGGGACGAGGGCUGGCUGGUGUUGGACGUGACAGCAGCCAGUGACCGAUGGCUCUUAAACCGUAACAAGGACCUGGGACUCCGCCUCUAUGUGGAAACAGAUGAUGGGCGCAGCGUGGAUCCUGGCCUGGCCGGUCUGCUGGGGCAACAGGCACCGCGCUCCAAACAGCCUUUCGUGGUCACCUUUUUCAGGGCGAGCCCCGGCCCCGUCCGAGCCCCUCGGGCGGUGAGGUCCCUGAAGAGGAGGCUGCCGAAAAGAACCAACGAGCUGCCGCCCCCAAACAAACUGCCGGGGAUCUUCGACGACGUCCACGGCUCCCACGGCCGACAGGUGUGCCGUAGGCAUGAGCUCUAUGUCAGCUUCCAGGACCUUGGCUGGCUGGACUGGGUCAUCGCCCCCCAAGGCUACUCAGCCUAUUACUGUGAAGGGGAGUGCUCCUUCCCACUGGACUCCUGCAUGAACGCCACCAACCACGCCAUCCUGCAGUCCCUGGUGCACCUGAUGAAGCCUGACGCGGUCCCCAAGGCGUGCUGCGCGCCCACCAAGCUGAGCGCCACCUCCGUGCUCUACUACGACAGCAGCAACAACGUCAUCCUGCGCAAGCACCGCAACAUGGUGGUCCGCGCCUGCGGCUGCCACUGAGGCCCCGCCCCGCCUGCUGCGCCGCCCCUCCCGGGUCAGCUCAACCCUCCGCAGGGGGCACCCCCAACGCCCUCACAGCUCAGGCAGGGCGGCAGCCAGGGCGCCCCUCCGCUGCCCACAUCCUGCCAGGGACUGGUCCUCCCCAGGCCCCUCUGCCCCGCCCCCGCCCGGCGCCUGAGGUGGUGGUGGAACUCCGGCCUGGUGGUCUGCGUCCGCAGCAGGGUCCUACCCCAGCCCCCUCCCCAGAGGCACGGGCUGACCGUUCUUUGCGGUUGGCAGAGUCCUGUCUGAGGACCUGCCCUUGUCCACUGCUGACCCAGCUGUGGGCGGAU